UAGGGAAGUAAUGGUUUCAUUAGGGAAGUAAUGGCUUCAUUAGGGAAGUAAUGGCUUCAUUAGGGAAGUAAUGGUUUCAUUAGGGAAGUAAUGGCUUCAUUAGGGAAGUAAUGGUUUCAUUAGGGAAGUAAUGGUUUCAUUAGGGAAGUAAUGGUUUCAUUAGGGAAGUAAUGGCUUCAUUAGGGAAGUAAUGGUUUCAUUAGGGAAGUAAUGGCUUCAUUAGGGAAGUAAUGGUUUCAUUAGGGAAGUAAUGGUUUCAUUAGGGAAGUAAUGGUUUCAUUAAGGAAGUAAUGGCUUCAUUAGGGAAGUAAUGGUCUCAUUAGGGAAGAAAAAGUUUCAUUAGGGAAGUAAUGGCUUCAUUAGGGAAGUAAUGGUUUCAUUAGGGAAGUAAUGGUUUCAUUAGGGAAGUAAUGGUUUCAUUAGGGAAGUAAUGGUUUCAUUAGGGAAGUAAUGGUUUCAUUAGGGAAGUAAUGGUUUCAUUAGGGAAGUAAUGGUUAUUAGUUGUGUUGUAAAUCUAUGGUAAACUAUUCCAUUAGGAUUAAGUUCAAAGCUGGUGGAUGUUUAUUUACAGGUAAUAUAAAGUCAUCAGUGAAGAAAUGUCAAGGCUAGUCUACAUGCCAGUAGUGGAGCAGAAGAUAAUUUCUAUUUUUAUAACAUUCCAAUUUACUGGAGUUGAAAACUUUGUUUGUCUUUUGAAAAUGAAACAAAAGACCCCCCCCCCCCCCCAAAGCCAUACAUGAACUGACUGUAUUUUAAGUGGUGCGAUGUUGCAUAGGUUCAGAUGUCUAAUACAUGUCAGUCUAUUUAGAACUUACUGCUCUAACUGCAAGCCUUGAAGAAUACAGCUUUAUUUGUGUUUAACUUCUUAAGCAUAAGGAACAAAGUUUCUGGACGCCAUGGAUUUACAGCGCACAUUGGAAAAUGAUCUAGACUUGAGUGCAGCAAGUUCUCUCGGAAACUUCGUCAAUGGGAAAAGUUUCUCUUAUCACCCUUCUAUCAGAGAGCCUCGGGCAACUAAUGCUGUGUACAGUCGCUUAACUGAGAGAUUGACAGGGAUAACACCAGGGAUUUUCAAGAGAAAGUUCUUUGCUGUGAAUAGUAUUUAUGAUGUCAGCCAGUUCACCAGUGAGAGAGUCAUUUCAUCAGCCAGCCCCCAGGACAAGAAAGAGCUUCAGGAUCUGAAUGAAAAAUUUGCCCAGUAUGUUGAGAGGAUCACGGCGCUACAACUGGAGAUCUCCCCAUUGGCUAAAGAACUGAACGAGUUAAAGUUGAAAUGGGGCAGCAAAGUUGAAGACAUUAAAGUGAUUUAUGAAACAGAACUGAGCAAGACAAGAGAGCUCUUUAACGAGGCCACGAAAAAGAUCAACGAGCUGACCAACAAACUCAACUUGGCCGAGUUAGAAGUGGACAAACUACAGCAAGAACUGGACUUGGCUAAAGCAUUACAUGAUGAUGACUACGAGAAACUGGUGAAGUUGACCCAGGUCACGUCCAACCUUAAGAGUGAGCUCCAGAUGUUCAGGUCUGUUAGUGAACUAAACGAGAUUGAAAAUCAAAGAAGCAGAGAAACAAUAGCUAAAUAUCAGAAGGACUUGGAAAAAGUGCAACUGGAACUUAGCCUGAAAACUCUUGAGAUGUUGAAUACCACCAACGAAUGUCAGAAACUGCAAGAGGAAAUGAGAAUUUUAAAAGCCAUUCAUGACAAGGAAAGAAAGGAGUGGUCAGUUCUGGCCAAUAUAGAUUCAGCAGUCAGGAACCGCGAGUUCUGGAAAAAGGACUUGUAUUUGGCAAUACAGGAAAUAAGAGAAGAGUACAAAGCGAAAGCUGAUCAAAUCAAGGGAGAGAACGCAACAGCAUUUGAAAUUCAAAUUCAGGAAAUCUCAACUGAAGUGCAGAAGUAUCAAUUGGAGGCUACUCUGGCUAGAGAGGAUUUGAGUCGUCAGCAACAGGAGCUGAUGGAGUUGAGGAACAGACUGGCAGAUACUGAAAGCUCAAACUUGAUGUAUGAAAAGAAAUUCAGUGAGCUUCAGAGAGAACUUGAAAUCAAAGUGACAGAGAGUCAGUCAGACAGAGAGAGACUCUAUCUUGCAAACGAAGAAAUUCAGAAACUGCUGGAGAAACUCAACUCCCAAAAAGUGGUCACAAUUUCUCUGCAACAAGAGAUUGAAGAGUACAGAUUUUGGUUAAAGAGAUUAGAAGAGAGGAAUAUCUUCAGCUUUCAGGAGCUCAUCAAAUUUCAAGUUUCAGAGUCGGCAACAAGAACUCUAUCCAAGCAACAGAGAAAAUUUGCGAGGACAUUUAAAGGACCUGUUGUUAUAGAUGAAAUAGGCGAUGAGGGCAAUUACAUUACGUUACGAAAUAAUUCAACAAUACCAAGAAAGGAUGUUGACCUAAAUGGAUGGAAGUUGAAGCGCAUCGUGGAGUCUAGAUCUAUCAGACGUGAAAGUAAUGAGUAUGAGUAUGUCUUUCAGAAGUAUGUUCUUAACUCUGGAGCUCAAUUGAAGGUCUACGCCAAGUCACAAGAAGCUCUUGCCUUGCCAGGGGAUCUUGUCUAUGAAGGCGCAGAGACAUGGGGAGCAGGCAACAGGGCAACAACAAUAUUAUACAAUGAGAGUGGACAGGAAAGAGCCCGCGUUGAAGAGACAGCAAGCUUCCAGUAAAGAAAACAGUUUGUAUGCUUCGCAUCUAGUAGAGGCAUUCGGUACAGGACAGACCAAAACUGAUCUUACAAAUGUAUUCGCUUAGAACUGUUUACUUCAUUAUGCAAACGAAUUCAAAUAAGGCAAAGAUUUUAUCUGCAUCUUUUAUCUUAUCCAUUAUCUAAACUCAACAAUGUAGUAAAGUGUAUCUUAUCUCCAAUACAUAAUCAAAUCUCACCAAUGUAGUUAUCUUUUUGAAUAACUUUAAGAAAAUAAUAAGUCGUAGGUAAUAAUUGUUUUCAAGACUUUAAUUUUGUGUAUGUGUGAAUGUUGUAAUUUGUAAAAGUUAUUGUUUGUUACUUUUAGAGGCACUGAAAAUAAUGUAUUCAUUGAAAGGCUUCUUGACAAAACAUUUGUCUUACUUUACUACAAGAUCAAAGAUGAACAUUAUUGUUCUACUGUGGGGUUCAAUCAUUUUACCAAUGUAUCAUUGUAUUCAGGUGUUUAGCGUUGUUGUUUUUUUUACAUACAUUCUGAAAGAGAUGGAUUAAUUUUGCUUGUAUGUUUAGAAAUAUUAUAAGCCACAUAUAGAAUUAGAUAAAGAAGCUGCAAUGGCUAGUGUUUGUAUGUGUGUGUCUGUAUUAGUUUAGUCAUCUGGAUAUUCUUUAUAAACUAAGACAAGUAUGUUCACAUAUAUGCAAUCCCUGAAUACAAUUAAACACAAAAACUAAAUUGUC